GCCCUGUGCCCGCAGCCAGCCGGUCAGUCAGUGCCUCCGCGGCUUUCCGCUGUUGGGGCUUGGGGGCUCUGCGGAGCUGGACCCGCUUCCCUUUCGGAGAGGAAAAAAGUUUGUGCGGUGCGGAGCAGAGCGAUGAAUGAAGAAAAUACUUCCUAUGAAGAGUAAAAGUACUUGAUUCUGUGAAAACUCUUAAAGCACUUCUAACUUCAAAGCUAGACAACAGUAUGAAGGAACAAUCCAUCUGACUCCCUCAGCAUCUCGCACAGAACACAAAAUGGCUCUUCAGAAAAAAACUGUUGCUGGUGUCUUAGAGGACUGGUGUUUGGAGGAACCACUGUUUGGUUGCAGACGGCACCAGAAUGUUAGGAAAAAACUGAGACUGAUACGAAUUAUAGGACUUGCUGUCAGUGUAGUGGCCAUUAGUACUUUCUCUCUUUCAAUUAGUGCCUUUUUCAAGAUGGAACCACAUAGCAUGGCGAUGGCCAGCAGCCUAGAUAGCCAAAAGCUGGUGCAUGGGCACCAAAGAACUCUAUUGGAUUUCACUGAACAGAAUGAAAACGGCACUCCAGACCCACGCACUUCUACGAAAGACAAAGCUGAGCAUGACAAUGCAACAGAUGAUCAUGCCAAGGGAGAGUACCCCGAGGACCUUUUCUCUCUUGAGGAGAGAAGAAAGGGAGCAGUGAUACUCCAUGUAAUUGGAAUGAUUUACAUGUUUAUAGCCUUAGCCAUAGUCUGCGAUGAGUUCUUUGUUCCUUCCUUGACUGUCAUCACUGAAAAACUGACCAUAUCUGAUGAUGUGGCAGGGGCAACCUUCAUGGCUGCUGGUGGGUCAGCCCCAGAACUCUUCACUUCUUUAAUAGGAGUGUUUAUAUCCCACAGCAAUGUUGGCAUUGGUACAAUAGUGGGAUCUGCUGUGUUCAAUAUCCUGUUUGUUAUUGGAAUGUGUGCUUUAUUUUCUAGAGAGAUCUUGAACCUUACUUGGUGGCCACUCUUUCGAGAUGUGUCCUUUUACAUCGUUGACUUGAUCUUGCUAAUCAUCUUUUUUCUGGAUAACUUGAUCAUGUGGUGGGAAAGCUUAACACUCCUGACAGCAUAUUUUUGCUAUGUGACUUUCAUGAAGUUCAAUGUUCAAGUAGAAGAAUGGGUGAAGAAAUUUUUAAACAGGAACAAGGUUGAGAAGGUAACAACAGCAGAUGCUGAAGGAAAGUCACCUAAUGCUGGCGACAAGGAUGACCAAACACUGACGACCAAGCCACGGCUCCAGCGAGGAGGAAGCUCUGCAUCUCUACACAACAGUCUAAUGAGGAACAGUAUCUUCCAGCUCAUGAUUCACACACUUGACCCACUUGCUGAAGAGCUUGGAUCAUAUGGAAACCUAAAAUAUUAUGACACAAUGACUGAAGAAGGAAAGUUCAAGGAAAGGGCCUCAAUUCUGCAUAAGAUCGCAAAAAAGAAGUGCCAGGUGGAAGACAGUGAAAGACAGAAUGGAGCUGCUAAUCAUGAGAAAAGUGCAAAAGUGGAAGUUGCAGUAACACCACCAAGUGAUUCAGGACCGGUGCAGAAUGGAAUCGCCCAUAACAUUGAAGAAGAGAAUGAAGAGGAUGAGGACCAGCCUCUCAGCCUGGCCUGGCCUGACACCCCACGCAAGCAGCUCACCUACCUUCUUGUAUUACCCAUUGUUUUUCCGCUGUGGGCUUCCCUCCCAGAUGUCAGAAAACCUAGGUCAAGAAAAUUUUUUCCUAUCACAUUUUUUGGCUCUAUCAGCUGGAUUGCAUUUUUUUCUUACUUAAUGGUCUGGUGGGCACAUCAGGUUGGAGAGACCAUUGGUAUUAGCGAAGAAAUCAUGGGAUUGACUAUUCUAGCUGCUGGCACAUCCAUUCCUGACCUUAUUACCAGUGUUAUUGUAGCACGCAAAGGUCUGGGGGACAUGGCUGUAUCCAGUUCUGUUGGAAGCAACAUAUUUGACAUCACAGUAGGCCUUCCUCUUCCAUGGCUCCUGUAUGCUGUGAUUACCAGCUUUGCCCCGGUGACAGUCAGCAGCAAUGGUCUGUUCUGUGCGAUUGUCCUCCUCUUCAUCAUGCUGCUCUUUGUCAUCCUCUCCAUCGCUUUCUGCAGGUGGAGGAUGAAUAAAAUCCUGGGCUUUCUCAUGUUUGGGCUUUAUUUUGUGUUCCUGAUUGUCAGUGUCCUCCUGGAGGACAAAGUGAUCCAGUGUCCUGUCUCCAUCUAGUGGAAAGUGCUGUUUCUCAAGGAAAAAAAAAAAAAAAUUAAAAAAAAAUCAAAAUGAAACAGCGAAAAACCACAAUGGAAAGCUUCUAUGAGAAUAACCCAUGGAUUUGUAAAUUUCCUAUCCCUCAAUUUUAAAAGAGAGAAAGAAAGAAAAGGACACAAAGGGUGGAUCUCAGAGCUGAAGAAUGACCGCUGCUGGACAGUGCAGUCACACGUGAAGGGCUGAGUCCAGCUGUGCUGAGGUUUUCUUUGUCUGCUGCAGAAAAUCCUCGCCGUUCAGUACUGGAGAUGCUGCUCACGCAUGGAAAUGAUGAAAGUAACUGCUUCUCCUAUGUCUAUAGUACAUAUCCACGGACUUCUCGUUCGCCGUAGUAGUAUAGACAGGAACACAACAUGCUCAGUUCUUAAAGCUGUCAUCUUCUAAGGGGAAUGCUAAUAUUAACUUUGUGGAAGCACCACCCCACACACUCCCUGGUAUGAAAUUUUUCUGGUAAUCUGCUGAAACUCCUGAGUGGAAAGCAUACACUGAGUGCAUGAGUCACAGACAGGGAAGAGUUUGCACAUCUCUUCAUAAAAGUGAAUUUAUAUUAUGUGAUUUCAGCAAAGCCAGGGAGUUCAUCAGUGUUUUGAUCCUCUGCAUCACAGGUCUGUAAAGGCAAUCAGCAGGAUGUUAAUGGUGGUUUAUUACAUCUUGCAAAACUCUUCAGAUUCCAGAAACUCUGACUCUGGCACUGAAGGGGCCACACUGCCUGACCAUUUUGUAACUGGUGCAGAUUUUCAUUGCAUUCACAUACAAAGAUCAGAAUGGGGAUACUCUUUCUUUUCUAAUAGCAACACCGCAUGCAGAGAGAUCAUACAACUACUAUGUGAACACACCAUUUUUUGUAGUGCAGCAAUACCAUUAACAGUACCAAUGGCUUUCAGAUGCUGUUAUUGUUAUGAGUUUGCCUUUUCAUGCCAGAAUAAAAAGGCUAAUUUGCUUAUGCAUAGUAUUUCAUACAGAAAAUAGAAGUAGUUGUAAAGUGGCAGCCUAAUUGCUGAAGUGAAUAUAUGUUUUACAGUCUAUCUUUCACUAUUACUUGGAGUGUAAGGACCUUCACAGCUACAUAUAGCCAUUGCUGAAAGAGAUCCCCAGCUGAUGUACAAAGCUGGGGCUGUUCAUAUUUGCUCUUACAAAUCUUGAAACAAUUUAAAUAUACAGGAGCUGCAGGAAACCUACAUGAAAAUUUUCAGUAUUGCUGGAAGUGUGAAUGUCUAAAUAAGCCCAGGAAGGAGAGAAAAUGCAAUAUUCUUUUACUGAAAUCCUGACAGAAGAAGGUCCAAACCUAGAAUAAAAAAAAGGAGGUGGGAGAAAGCAACGAAGUGUUCAUCUUUCCAGUAGUUUGGAUGAUUUUUUUUUUUUUUUUAAAAAAGGAGGACUGGAAUGGGUGUUAAGAAAUUAUUUCAGAUAAUUGUUGUUUGUUUGUUCUUUUGUGCAGUUAGAGUUCAUUAAAUUUUAGUGCAUUUCUGUGACCUGUUUCAGCAUUGUUUUGUAUUCAUAUUGUGCUCACAACAGCAAUGCCGUGCUUACAGCUGUGUAACAGACGGCUCAGCACAUUUUGUCUUGUCUGUUUCUCUGUGUUCCAUGCUGUUUGCUUCUCAUUCACCCCCUUUGUCCUUUACUGUUUUCCUGUUAUAUGUGUUUGUGUAUAACAGUAUCUGGUUAGAGUAAGGACUUGACAGAAAACAAUGGUAGAGAAAACAGUAAAAAA